GCCGAGAAUUCUCGCCAGUAACUUUUUUCUAUUCAAACCACUGACUUGCACGUUUAAACCCACAAAUGUUUUAGAGGGAUUCCGUAACUUCUACAUUCACAAGUGAGUAGCAUUGGACUUCGUUCAGAAGUAGAGGAUUUCAUCAUUCUCAGCAGGUACCAAACGUUACUGAAACGUUAUUUGAACCAGAGCCAUUCCCUUUCAAGCAUACUCGCUCCUUCUUGCAAACAAUGACGGUUGGGCUUUAACGUUUUCGCUUCGAUAAUCAGGUAAGCUGUCUGAAGUGUCACCAGUUUGCUUUUUACAAGUGGACUGCUGAUGUAACUGAGCAGGGAAAUGAACGUUCAGUAAUAACGUGUGUGUGUGUCCCCGUCCGUCCAUCACAAGUUUGGGAUAUGGUUGACGCUGGGAUGUCGAAUAUUACGACUGUAGACGACUUGUCCUCCAAGGAGCCAGGUGAGAAGAAGCGAGACAGUGAGAAAAAGAAGAGAUCUCGAGUCAAACAGUUGCUGGCAGACGUGAAGAGACAAGUUGAAUUCUGGUUUGGUGAUGUAAAUCUUCACAAAGACAGAUAUUUGAAAAAUGUCAUCAUGCAAUCAAGAGAUGGCUAUGUCGAUAUCUCUCUCUUAACAACAUUCAACAGAAUGAAAAAGUUGACCACAGAUAGCAAGCUGAUCGCUAGAGCGCUCAGAAAUUCAGAAGUGGUAGAGGUGAAUCUUGAAGGAACACAGAUAAGGAGGAAACAGCGACUCGGGGACAGCCCGAGUGAUGUAGAUGACCGCACAAUAUAUGUUGAACUUCUACCAAAAGAUGUUACCCACAUGUGGAUAGAACGAGUGUUUAAUAAGUGUGGGAAUGUGGUGUACGUUAGUAUCCCCAGGUACAAGUCUACAGGUGAUUCCAAGGGCUUUGCCUUUGUGGAGUUUAAGACUCAAGCACAAGCACAGAAAGCCAUUGAGAUGCUGAACAACCCUCCAGAGGACGCCCCAAGAAAGGCGGGCAUUUUCCCCAAGACCUUGGCAAGAAAACCAAUUCCUUUUCAUACAGUCCAAGAUGGCACAAAAGAUGAGGAUGAAUGGAGAGGAGAAGAUGAUGAGGAUGGAAAGAAGAAGAAGAAAAAGAAAAAGAGACCACGCAGUGAGCAGAAAGAUGGUUUUGUAGAAGAAAUGGCAACCGAGAAGGUGACUGACGAGGAGAACGCUGCUGAGACUGAAGCAGCCAGCAGGAAAAGAACACAGGCUUCAGAGGGCACUGAGAUGGAGAGCGUGACUGGCACUAAAAAUUUGCAGAAGAAGGCAGAUAAGAAAAGACGCCGGUCACACAGUUCAGACCUGUCUGGGGGAGAAGGCCAAGUAGAGAAGCCUGCCAAAAUGAGGAAAGUGGAUGAGGAGGCGAGUGAUGUGAAGGAGAUAUCAUCUGAGAACAAUAAAGAAACGGAAAUGGAGGAUGGAAAAAAGGAUGAGAAAGAUGAUUCCAUAUUAAAGGCCAAGAGGAAGAGAAAGAAGAAAUAUAAGGAGAGACUGAAGAUUGAGGAAGAGGUUAUUCCUCUCAGAGUGCUCUCAAAGAAAGAGUGGUUGGAGCUGAAGAAGGAGUAUUUGACACUCCAGAGGCAGUGCAUGGCCAAUCUGAAGAAGAAUAUUUCUGAUCUUCAAAAAGUGGCAUCUGACAAUCUACACGCUUUUGAGGAUGGUGGGAAAACCGGGGGUGAUUGUAACCCUAAGAAAGAAACUCCUGAUGGGCCGAAGUUUGUGAGUGGAGUCAUCCUGAAAAUCACCCACAACCAGCCUUUGCCUAACAAAAAAACUGUCAAGGACACCCUGUCAGAGAUAUCCGCAGUGCAGUAUGUGGACAUUGUGGAGGGAGAUGCUGAGGGUUAUAUCCGCUUUAAGACUCCUGAGGAUGCCAAAGCGGUCAUCACAGCUCGUUCCGAACUGCAGAAAAAGCACAACUGGAAUCUGGACGUCCUGACAGGUGAUCAUGAACAAAGGUACUGGCAGAAGAUAUUGGUGGAUCGACAGGCUAAACUGAAUCGACCCAGGGACAAAAAGCGAGGCACAGAAAAGCUUAUUUCCAAGGCUGAGAAAAUAAUCAUCGCACGGACCAAAGAGGCAAAUAAGCACAUUCGUUUUGAUGAUUAACAACCUUUGUAACUCUUUUUUUUUUUUUUCCCCCUAUUUUGCACUUGUUUGUUUUAAAUACAUGUCAUUUUUUCCAUUUAAUUAAUAUUAAAACAUUGAAUGUUUUAAAAUUGAUAUGGUAAAGGUAUACAAGACUCAGCUGUUCUAUGUAACUUUUUUUAGUGGUUACUGACAUGUAUGUAAAUAUGUGGGUGCAAAUUUUCAUGAAUGCCUGUGAAUGUUUUUAAAUUACUGUGCAUUUUAUUUGUAAAGCAAUAGACCAUUUUUAAAAUAAAUUGUUUUCCAAGAUCUUUAAAUGCUUUAUUUUUAUAACUCAUUUGCAACUCAUUCCACUCAUUCCAAAAUUCAUAACAACCAACAUGAAAAUAUAUAUAUAUAUAUAUAUAGCUCAUACCUUAGGUAAUAUUUCAUGUCAAACAUACUGGGACAUUGUAUAGGCUUAUUUAGGUCAAAAUUAAUAUUUUAUGAUUUUGUCUGUUCUGGACAGAAUAACAUCAGUAAAUCUCUUCCUAACAAGAUUGGAGACAUUUGUUGGGGGUUAGAGGACUGGCCUUGGUCCACUUCACUAUGAAGAAUAUUUUUGUUCACAUAACGGGUUUUCAGUAUGGUUCAAAUACAGAGACUGAUUCUUUUAGCAUUUCUAUGUUGCUUUGGAAAUAUGUUUAACUUAUGUUGAAAGGUCUAUUCAUGGCUAAGUCUGGUUCAACCAGGUUUAGGGCUGAUAUGUCUUGGUAUUUGGCAGAAUUCAUGAGGCCAUCAAUUCAAACUACCAGCCUGAACCACGACAACAGAACAGCCAGCCCCAGAGCUUUUUUCUUAUUAUUUGUAUGAAGAUCCUGAGGUUGGGAUCGGACCCUGGAGCUGUAAGGCGGCAUCUUCUUUUUUUUCUUUCUUUUUUUUCUUUUUUUUUUUUUUAGUAAAUUGUCAAGGUAAAUGUUAAAGUAACACACCAGUCUUUGUGUUUUUCAAACCAAGUAUUUCUUAAAAGUUAUUACACUGUUUUUGAGAGUAGGGUCUUUGGAGUUGAAAACAAAUAGCUAAUUUUGGAAAAGCUGACAAUUUACACACAAAAAAAUGUUAGCUAUUAAACGGCUGUUAAUGAACCCUCACUGAAUAUUGUUGCUGCUCUGUUGUGUGGAUGGUGAUGAAGACAGCAUCUCUAUGGAUAGCAAAGAUUUGGUGUAAAGAAUUAAAAUGUAGACACCUCAUCCUAGAACUAGAGAUGCAGUCUUGCAAGUGUAAUUGUGUGAUAAAUCCACUCCAAUUAUUGCUGAAUCAACUAAUUCAAUGAGCCAGAGAAGCAUCUCCCACAGAGAUUUAGCAUGUUCUGCAUAAGUGUACUGAACACCCGAGGGCUUGGCAAAGCUGGCAAGGCAGAGUUGCCUACCAGUGUAGUUGGUGCUGUAAACUGUCCUCCAUCCAAUGCUCAGGGAUUGUUGUACUUUCCUCAGAGUAUCCUGAUAACUUGUCUGUCAUUUGAACAUGGGCUAUACAGUGAGGGGAAAAAAGCAUUUGAUCCCCUGCUGAUUUUGUACGUUUGCCCACUGACAAAGAAAUGAUCAGUCUAUAAUUUUAAUGGUAGAUUUAUUUGAACAGUGAGAGACAGAAUAACAAGAAGAACACCUUUGUUUAAAACUUUAAGAAAUUACCACUCUGCUCCACAUUGUCCAGUGAAAUGUGAGCUUGAUGUGCCACAUGGUGACUGUUUGAUGUAGCCUAUAAAUGACAAACAGGUGUCAAUUAUGUAAUAUUUUUAAAUAUGUAGAGUUUUAAUUGAAUUUACACUAUAGAUUUCGUGAUUCAUGACUAUUUUUUUCCUGGCAUUGAGCAACAGGCAAUCACUGAAAGAGCCAUAGGUUUGUAGUUGUAGUAAGUUUGUAGUUGGUGGUUCCACUAAAUGGCAGAGACUCCAUAAUAUGUCAAACUGGCUUGGAGCUCUGUCUGGGUGAUGUCAAACUCUUAGAGCAAUAGUCAUCGCUGAAAGUCAUGGUUGUGUCAAACUCCCCAAGACUAUAGUUUCUCUGUACACCAUUGCUUAAAUUCUUAUGUAAUCGAAAUA